GAAAAAAAUCUACCACACGGGGCGCCUCUAACACCAACUCCGGGUGAAAUGAGGAAAAUAUGUCCCUAUCUAUAUGUGCGUCUGAUUUUGCCUUGUGCAAUGGGCACAAUGUGAUUAUAUCUAGCGAUGUUUCUUGCUGGCGCGCCGCGACGCUCAGUCACGCUGUUCCAGCGUCGUUGUUAAUACGCGUAAUCGCCGUCCGUCGCGCGCGAUGCCAUACAACCGGCGUCAAAUUUCUUAUUUUUUAUUAUUAAUAUCAAAAUGAAAAAGACGAAAACCAGAAAAAAAACAUCACGUAUCCUGUCGUUUGCAAAACCGUAUAAAGUUCAAUUUUGACAAGUACUACAAAAGUAUAACCAAAAACACAAAAAAAAAUAGCAAUUUACCAAAGUCAGAGACCAAAUUCUAAAAGAAUCGGAGGAAUUUCUGUUUUUUCGGAACAAUAAAAAAAAACAUUUUUGUUCGAAAAGAAAAACAACCAUAAAAUCAGAGAAAAAAAACCUUGAUUUCUAUUCAAAAUAAUUUUCAGUGUACCAAAACUCUGUGUGUGCUUCAGCGGGGCGAAAAGGUGUCUUCAAAGUGUCCAAAAUAAAACAUUUCGGUUGAAGUUCUGGUGCAUCUUCUGUGUUGAGCACCUCUCGCCCAUUUUCCAUUAAGUUACCCUUUUGCCAAAAAAAAAAAAAUACAAAAAUAUAUAAAUCGUGCGCGUAAAUACCAUCGAGAAACAACAAACACAAAAAAACAAAAUACCUAAUUUUUAUAGUAAUUGUAAAACCCUUAAAUUAAGAUCAAGCAUUAAUAUAACCGUGUUAACUUACCAUCUAAAACACGGACAAGAGCGUCAAAUUUCACUUUAAACCAAAAAAAAACAUCUGCAAAAUAAUAUAAAACCGAAAGAAUACACAAGUUAAUUCAAAUGAAAGAACGUAAUAGUAGAUUUAAAUGAUUAAAAGUCAAAGUCACAAAACAAAAGAAACCGUAGAUUAAGUCAAACGAGAAAGAGUUAAAGAAACGAGUCUAAAACAAGAAAAAAAGAAGUGCAAGGAGAAUCAAAUGUCCAAAUAGAAAAAGAAAAGUGUAAACCAGAGACAACGAGUUGCUGUUAAAGUUUUUUUUUUGUCUAUCUCUGAAUCUACUGAAUCUAAAGUUAAAACCUUGGUGAAUGGGUAAUGAAGCCCAAGUGACCACCGCAGCCGAUGAUGGAAAGCUCCAAGAAUCGGAUACAGACGCUUUGAGCAGCAACCUUCUUAGGUGAAUACCCUCUUUUACUUAUAUCUUAACUGCACUGAGCUAGAGUAGAGUUGAAGCCUUUUCGGAAAAUUCAAGUGGGGAUAGUGUCUUAUGUAGAGAGACGUUGGUGGUAAGGGUUAUAGUUCUCCCACUAUCCCUUGCAUUUUCCGUACAACGGUGUUGGUUGAUGGUGGAAGUGGGGAUGAAAGAAUAAGAUGAGAGGGUGGUAUGGAUGGGUUUAAGGGUUGAGGGAUGAGUUGGUAGGGCUUGGGUAGGGAUGUAAGUGAACGGGUAUAUCUUGAUAGACGUGUAUAUGUGCGAUGGUGAAGCGCAUGCACGGACCUAUACCUCAUACCAAGAGUAGUUCUUUCUUGCCCCCGCCGCAGACACAUACUGCCGCGUCGUGCUUAGAGGGUGCAUUUUGGGUUGUAUGUGUGCGUCGACGACGAUGGAGACGACGACGCCAGAGCAAAAGCAACGAUGUUAGAGGGAGAGAAGGGGUCCGGUACAGGGUUAAAGCGAAGCAGUAGGAUGACGCCGAUAAGGAAUGGGGUAUGGAUGUUGGGCAAAGAGGAACGUGUUAGUCCUCUGCGCUUCCACACACCGCACACAAUCGCUCCCACCCUGAACUCAAUCUCAAGUCUUCUUCAGUCGCUAGCCAAAAGUCGAACGAGAUUGCUGCAAAAGCCGUUUUGUGCGAAAACAUCUUCGGUCACGCGCGCGUAAAAGGAAUUUAUAUGUAGAUAUAAGGGCCCCACAUACCACAAUAUAUGUACACAAAAUUUUAGGAGCCAAGGCAAAAAGCAUUACAUAUACAUAGUAAAAGGCUUUUAUAUAUAUAAGCAAAAAGUUAUAUAUAUAAUACAAUACACAUGUGCAAAAACCGGGAGUGCAGGAGAGGAGAGAAGUGUAACCGACUUUAAAUACUGGCCGAUCGUCUCAAGUUACCCCACUACGAAAUUUCCUUUAACUUGGUGUAAUAUGGGUAUAAAACCACCCCUUUCAGUUUAGUGUGGUGUCUUCUUCAUCGUCCAGCGUCGUGGAGUCAGCUCUCGCAGUCGUCGUAGCUUUGAGCACUAGGAGAGCCACGUUCCUUGUGCUAUAGCCCCCCUCAGACAUAUAUAUAUAUAUAUAGCACAAUACCCCUUAGACACAAGGGUAGAUUGAACGCUCAGCUUGUGUGAUACCAAGGAGUUAUCCUUCUUAUAUGGUGUCACUCCAGGAAGUCGCACCACAUCUAAGCAGACGCUCCUACAGUUCGGACCUACUCUUAAGCGGAACAAAGUCAUAAGAACUGUUAACACUUUUCGAUUAUCAACAACAACAAAAAAAAACGCUAAGUCCAAUACGGCAAGAUUUUUUGCGGCAAUUUUGCAAAGUGGCCCAAAAGGAUUAAAAGAAAAAAAAAACAACUAAACGUGCUAUCGAGUAUUAAUUUUUGCAUCGACACUAUCCUAAGUCAAGCCUCUUAUAAGUUUUAAGGGGCUCUAAAACCUGAAAGCAUUUUAAUGAGGAUCUUGUGUUUUUGGCUCCUUUCCUGUGUGGACAUAGCUUGAGAUAUAUCUCUGUGAUUUAUUCAAAUAAAAAAAAGAAAAUAGAAAAAAGCUCAACACAGGAAAACAUAGUGCAGUGGUAUUUGAUGAUAUUCCAAAAAAAUUCAAAGGACAUACCGAGAAUUUUUCUUUUCUUAAAAUUUUGAAUUUUAGAAAAAAAAAACUAGAGUUUUCCUUUUCCAAAACAAAAGUGAUCUCGGCAGUGACCAACGACUUUGGAUACGUUCAAGCUAAGGCACAUAUUGGAAAAACCCUUAAGCCAAAAUACCUCAGGAAAAAGGGUACACUGAUGGUAUCCAAAUUGAGCACCAACAUCUAUCCUCCACAUGGUGUCUUGCGGACCAUUGUUCUGCCCAUACUCUCAGUCUCUGGAGAGUAUCUCAGCAUCACAAUGCUGCAACCCUGAAACCUCAUCCAAAUCCAAACAGUUGAACUCUAUUUGCACUAAAGUGACUCUCCGCAAGUGAGAAGUGCAAGGUGGUAAAAGAAAUUGUUAUUUUGUGGUAAUAUGUCUUCAAUACAGUUUAACAAGUGGACAAUUCAAGCACAAUCAUGACUCUCGUUAAUAAACAGUAUCAGAUUUUUCUGAUAGAGCCGGACAAUGUGGCCACGUAGUUGGUCACACUGGUGGCUUUUACUCAAAAAAACAAUAAAAGUGUUUUAAAUUUUGACAAAUGUCAAAAAGAAAUGUACAUCAACUUUCCAGUGUGAAUAACACUUGAAAGUGUUUUUCCCCCCAAAAUAAAAAAGGCAACAUAAAGACAGAAAUUUGAAAAGACACAUAAGGAUUCAGUGAUAUCCUUGAUAAGGGAGUGAUAACCCCAAUUAGUGAUGAGUUUCCCACCAAAACAUUGACAUUUUUUUCUGAUUGCAAAGUGUUGUGAUUGUGGGGUAAACCUACAAAAGUUUUAACUCUGAACACGGUCACAAAAACAACUUUUAAUGGUGACUCCUCUCUUGGUUGAUGUGUCUCUGCGGCCAAAGACAUUCGCUAAAUUGAGAACAUCACCACACACAUCAACUCUAUUGUACCACAUUUAUUGCGUCACUCGUGUCAGGUCCAUGCGAUGGAAGGGGAAUUCUAAGGCCGGGUUAAGAGAGGGGCAUCGUCGGCAAGUGGAAGGGGCACAGAGUCGUGCGAUACAUCCCGAGGAAUUAGUAUUGAGUAAUAAGUGUAAGCAGACGAGAAAUACGUUGAAGAACAUUGGAGGGGGGAACACAUCUCCCACUUUUAUGGUCACUAGGCCAAUAAAGUUGUGUUGUUCUUAUGAUGUCAUCAGAGGAGGACACAGACUGUUACGGCUUGUACGGAGAUAAGUUACUAAAGAAAUCCAAACGUACCAGACAGCGUGUAGACGCGGGAGAACCAAGAAACAGUUACUCGUCAAUACCGAAUUUUAGUUCAAGACCAUCCUUCAUGAGUGGAGGUCUAUACGGGGCUAUCUUUAGCCAAAGUCAGCAGCAUUUCGGACUGUUUGGCCCGAAUUACGGGCCCGCGAAGAUGCUCAACGAAUUGUUGGGCCGACAAGUGAAACAGGCGCAGGACGCCUCAGGACCGGAUUUACUUUCCACGAUGGACGCAGUUGUGAAUGCGGACGGUGUGGCCAAUCAUGGCUUCGAGGGUGCCCAGCUGAAUUCGUCGGCCGGGGGCACGGGUGGCGCGAGUGGUGGUGCAGUGAUACGCCGUGGUAGUCUCGGUGGUAGUGGCAGUAGUGUGGAGCUAGAUGGAGGCAGUACGCCACCACAGCCCAGUGAUUUGGCGCAUCAUAUGCUGCGCAAUAUUUUGCAAAAUAAGAAGGAGCAGCUCAUGGCACUGGACCAAGAGCUGCGCGCCGCUCAGCAAAACCAUCAAGGUGGCGGAAGUUGUGGUGAACGCAGCACCUCACCGGACAAUAACAACAGCAUAAAUAAGAACAAUAACAAUAACAGUAUCAAUUCGGACGUUAAGAGUGAAUCAGUGGGUGGUAAUUGUGGCAGUGGUGGUGAUAUGAGUGACUCCAGUGAGACGUGUGGGGGUAAAGUGAUCAAGAGGAAUGACUCCAUCUCACUUGGGGACUCAAGUAGUGCUGAUGAGACGUCACAGGCGGGUCAAGACUCGCGACCCCAACAGAAUCACAUGAAUCAAAAGAGUGGUCAGAAGAAGGACUCACUGAGUCGGAGUCGCGAUGAUAUACUGGAUGAUGAGAUGACAGGUCUCAAUUCGCGAUCAGAUUCAGAGACAUCCCUCCCAUCACCAGACCCAGAUGAUUCCCUCCUGCUGAGACCCAAGGAGGAGCUUGAUAUGGACCCAAACAACGACAAAGACGGCGCUAUUUCGCCAUCACCUCAGGGUAAGGGUGAGCCACCUGUGGCACUGGACAUGAAAAGGGCACGCGUAGAGAAUAUUGUGUCAACAAUGCGCUCAAGUCCGGCCCUACCAGUACCUCAGCAACCCCAAGUGAAUGGGUGUAAAAAACGAAAGCUCUACCACCCUCAACAACAUGACAAUAGUGCCGUGGAGAGAUAUGCGGCAUCUGCAGCGGCGGCAGGCUUGUACCUGGGCCUCGGCUCCAUGAGCGAGGAUGAUGAUGAUGGCAUUGAGUCGCCGCAAAUCCAUCAAAAACGUGUAGAGAAGAAUGCCCUCAAGUCUCAGUUACGCUCAAUGCAAGAGCAGUUAGCUGAGAUGCAGCAAAAAUAUGUUCAGCUGUGUUCAAGGAUGGAACAAGAGUCCGAAAGUCAGGAGGCCGACGACAAUUCCAGUGAUAUGGAUCAGGAUGAUGUGAUUGAGCAGCCCAGUGACAAAGUGACGGGUAGCCAGAGGAUGCCUAUGUCGUCUCCAUUGAAAGAUUUGCCAUCACCCAAGACAUCUACGCCCAAUAUGCUGUCUCAGGUGAUGAGCAAAAUGCUCCCGGGGAAACUACAUACACAGCUACCCCUCCAUCCACACCUGCCGCCCAAUUUCAACGGGGCCCAUCCACUACUGCAGCAUAUGCAACAUAGUACCACUAGUAGUGCGGUGCAUGAGUUAGCUGCUCUCCAACAUCCGCACGCCCAGCACUCUCACCACGCCAUCAGCAAUGCCGCAGCUGCCAUGUACCUGGGGGUGAGUCAAAAGUUGUUUCUCGAACAGGAAGCUCGUAUGGCCAAGGAGGUGGCGGAACACAAUGAGAGGGAGCGGGAACGGUUGCAGCAUCAACAGAAUAGUCAAAAUACACCAGUGCAGCAUCAAGUACCCCAUCAGCCGCCCAAUCAACAUCAGACGCAACACCAACCGCCGAGUCAGAGUCAACCUCCACCACAGCAGCCCACACUGCCGCAGAUGCAGCCACAGCAUCCGCCUCAACCGCCUCAGCAGCAGACCCACCAUUCACCCAGUCAGCCGCAGCAGCAGGUGCAACAGCAGCAAAUGCAGAUUCCCACUAGUGGUAUGCCCAAGGCAUCCACCAUUCCGUCAGAACUCUCGGACCGACUAAGCAUGAUGCGGACAUCGAAUACCGUGGGACCAAUGUCGGGCUCCGAUCUCGAAGGGCUCGCCGACAUGCUCAAAUCCGAGAUUACGGCGUCCCUAUCGAAUCUGGUAGACUCCAUUGUUACACGAUUCAUCCACCAGCGACGUUUCCUUGGGAAACAAUCCGAGGCGGCAGCCGCGGCAGCUGAACAGCUCAGUAAGGACUUGAUAAUGGCAUCUCAGUUGCUCGAUCGAAAGUCACCGCGUACCAAAGUGGCGGACCGCGCGACAAGUAACAAUCAAGCAGGUAAUGGACCACAAGUUCUUAAUAGUCUAAGUCAGCAGCCGCCGUCGAGCGCCGGCGGGCUUCCCAGCCAUGCGCCAGGUGCAAUGAUGAGUGGCCAAAGUGGCGGACCUCGGAUGAACGGCAGCGCUUUCCCACCCAUGGGAAUGCCGAUGCACGUGAACGGGCCGCAGCAGCAACAUGACAGUAGUUUAGCAAUGAACCCUAUGAAUAUGCCACCUCAUGUUCGUCCUUCGCCCACAGCGGCAAUGUUUCAGGCACCCAAACCACCUCAGCAACAGCAGAGCCAGCAACAGCAGCAACAGCAGCAGCAACAACAGCAACAGCAGCAGGCACUAAAUCCAGUAACUGCAGCUGCACUCUACAACACCAUGAAGCUCAAUGAGUUCUGUAUACCUGAUCCACGUGAGCAGAACCCGGAGCAGACUGAGGCUCUGCCACUGGUCGUGACACCCAAGAAGAAAAGAUCCAAAGUCACUGAUACGCGUAUCACACCGCGCACGGUGAGUCGGAUUCUAGCACAGGACGGUAUAGGUCCACCGCAGGGUCAAAUGGAGAAUAGCAACAAUGGACCUGGGAAGCCAUACAAUAAUCCACCGGUCAGUGUGGCCACUAGUACUCCGUCGGGCAGCCCAUCACCUAGACCCUCAUACCAUCCGCCCCCGCCGUCGAUGAUGCCCAUGUCACUGCCCACGUCUGUGGCCAUUCCCAAUCCCUCGCUCCACGAGUCGCAGGUGUUCUCACCCUAUAGUCCAUUCUUCAAUCCACAUGCGCCGCAUGGGCCCCACGGACCCCAGCCACAGCCGGCUCAACUACAUCACAUGAAGAUGUCCUCCAGCCCACCUGGUCUAGGUGGUAUGAUGGACACACGGGACUCACCGCCUCUGCCGCAUCCACCCACGAUGCUGCAUCCGGCCCUUCUGGCUGCUGCCCAUCACGGCAGCUCUCCAGAUUAUGGCCAUAUUCGCGCCGCUAUGGACACCAACGACCGUAACUCAGACUGCAAUUCGGGCGAUCCAAUCAAUGUUAAUACCUUAACCACUGUGCACUCGUCAACAUUAACACCGAUGCAUCUGCGAAAGGCGAAACUGAUGUUCUUCUGGGUGAGAUACCCGAGCUCUGCUGUCCUCAAAAUGUACUUCCCGGACAUCAAGUUCAACAAGAACAAUACUGCUCAACUUGUGAAAUGGUUCUCCAACUUCAGGGAGUUUUAUUAUAUUCAAAUGGAGAAAUAUGCACGUCAAGCUGUUAGUGAAGGUGUCAAGAGUGCAGAUGAUCUUCAUGUGAGCGGCGAUAGCGAAAUCUAUCGAGUUCUCAACCUGCACUACAAUCGGAAUAACCACAUAGAGGUAUGCCGUGAUCAGGUUCCUUCAAAUUUCCGAUAUGUUGUGGAACAGACCCUUCGGGAAUUUUUCAAAGCAAUUCAAGGUGGCAAAGAUACAGAACAAUCGUGGAAGAAGUCAAUAUACAAGAUAAUAUCGCGACUGGAUGAUCCUGUACCGGAGUACUUCAAGUCUCCAAAUUUUCUGGAACAACUUGAAUAGAUGAUAUAUUCAACAGUUUAAUUUUAUAAGUUUUUCUUCAUACUGAAGACAAACUUUCUUAACCAAAAAUGAAUUUAAAAAAAAAUACAAAGACAAUUUGUGAAAUUUGUAUAAUUUUUUGAGGAUCCGAGAAAGCUGAAAUUUAUGAAAAGAAUUUGAGGAGAACCUUACAGAGUUUAUUUAGAAAAGGAAGAAAAAAAAAGAGGUCUAAAUCUAAAUGAAAUGGUAAAAAAAUGAAGUUUUAUGCAAAUUUAUCGAUUAAUUGAAAUUAAAUACAAAUUUAUUGAAAUACAAAAAUGAGAAAAGAGAGAGAGAGAAAAACAUGGAGAAUCGUUUAUAGUGAAAGAGAAAAAGUGAAGUAAAGAGAAAGAACAAAGAAGAGAAUAAAAGAUACAUAUAACAACUUUUGUGGUUCCUAUAAAUGUAGUGUGCUUACGUCCAAAUAACAAGCGACUGCAAUUAUUAUCGACGAUAUACUCGCGUUUAGGCCUUCAUUUCAAAAAAAAAAAGAAGAUGAAAAAAGUGAAAAAAGUGAAAUAAUAUUAAAAAAGUAAAUAAAAUUAAUCUAAAUUAAAAAAAACAGAGAAAGAAAAAUUAUUAACCAAAAUUUUUAGUCAAAAAGUAACAAUUUCAAUGAAAAAUACUAAUGAAAAAAUUUCACAUGUUAAGGAAAAAAACGUUAGACAUGUUUGAGGACAACUUUUUUGAUAGAAACAACUACUGGGCAAAAUGUUUUAAAGGUAAGAAAAAAAAAAGAUUUUUUUUUGGAAUGACAACACCAGCAAAAUUUAAAUACUUAUACCACGUCGUCAACCGCAAAUUUAUCAAAACAAAAACCACAGCAAUAAACCAGAAAGCUCCCGAUACUAUAAACCAGGCAUCAGCAAUAGGAUCAAACAGUUUUUAAAAUAAUUAAAAAAAAAUAAUCAGAACCACCCCAAAAAAUGCAGCCAUAUGAAUAGCAGCGAUAAUUUCUUUAAUUUUUUCGACAACAACAACCAACAACCAUGAAAUAAAACAAAGAUUUUGCAGGAAAUACCAAAGGAGAAAGUACAGAAUAAUUUGUAAUAAUUACAACUGAGGUACAUUGUGUAAUUUUAGCCAGAAACAUUUACCUCCGUCAUCAACGGGGGUUAAACUUAAAAUAGUCAUCAGGAUAAUCAACCAAAUGAUUGUGUCAAGUGUAAACUGUAUUGCAGCAGCAACAACAUUUCUUUUUAAAAAAUGUAGAACAACCCAAAAGAACAAACCAAACCACAAAUCACACUUUAGAAAACAGAUGAUCAACAAUUUUAUCAACUGUAGUAAAAGCUAUAGCAAAUUUUUGUGAUUUAAAAAAUUCUUAAAACCAAGGGAAAAACCAAGGCAUAUGUAUUGAUUUAUUUCUCUAAUUCUGAAAAUCAACCAAUAUAUUGAGUGUAAUCAUUAUAAAUGGAUGAAAUGAAAAAUUAUAUUUAUCAAAAAAAAACUACGCUGGGGUUUUAUGUUACUGUCGGUUGAUUUCGACUUUUCCCCCUCAUAAAACUACAGCUCAGAUACAAAUGUGCAUUCCAUGUAGUGUAUCAAGUCAAAUACAACCGAUUUCCACGUAAGAUUUUUAAAAAAAAAUAUUUGUAAUAAUUGCCAAUGUCUACAAUAUUUGCAUAAAUAUGUAACUGUAUAGAAGAAUAAAUUCAGUGGAUGGGUCAUUGGCUGAUAGAGCAUAUCUUCACCAAAAACAAAAAAAAAUCUGACAUUUUUUGAGAGGUUGUUACCUGAAAAUUUUCACGGGAAUGCAUACCCAAAAAUUUCCCCGAAAAAAGACAAAAAAACCUCCGCCAAUCACCCCGCCACUGAAAACUGCCACUAAAAAAAACCUAACAUAGAAUUGUAAAAACAAAUUAAAACAGAAGAUUAAGAAAAUUAAAUUAACAUUUAUACUUGUAAAUAGUCGUGUCCAUCAGUAUUUCGAGUAAUAAAAUGGUGAAAAAAAAUUAUGGUGAAAAAAUUGCAAAAAAAAAGAGAUUAGCAGGGAAUAAGUGGAGUUAAAAAAAAGAGUAAAUCAGGCGAAAUGUAUGUAAAAAAAAAAAUAUAUUUAAAAAAUUCAGUAUGACUAUGGGAGAAAGUAAUUAUAAAAUAUGAAAUAAAAAUUAAUAUAUCGAAUAGAUAGUUUCAAUAUAUUUUUAUUAUUUAACAAAGAAAAAAAAACUGUAACAUAGUAAAAAGAAAUAUUUUACUUUAUACACCAAAGCUACGAUAGUAAAAGACUAGUCUUGGAAUUAUUUUUGCAACGUGUUGUUCUUUUUCUCUUACAAAAGCUCCUCCAAAAUUGCUUCAAUUGAACAAUAUGUUGUUGAAUUAAUUCCUUCUAUUUUAUUAAUAUUUUUUAAAAAAUAAUUUUGAUAUAAGUUGAGUGAAAAUUUAAAGCUAAAUUUUAAUUUAAACAUCCACCCAUGACUUUUACCGUGCUUGUAUUUUGAGUUAUUAAGCGGUUUUCGCUUAGAACAUUAUGGGCUACGCACAAUUGCUCCUGUUAUGUAAACGUGUUUAUAGAACUACGAACAAGAGAAGUUACGGACAAUUUUUCUCAAUUUCAGUCCAUUUGGACUGCCAAAUUGCAUAUUUACUGAAUAAAAAUAGUUCUAUUUUACUCAUCAUGGACAACGUACACGUAAGGUUGUUUCUAUUUUGUAGACAUGUUUGGGAAACAUGUCAAUAUUCAAUGAAGCUAAACUUUCAGAGACAGGUUUACAAACAAUAAAUUCAAUGUUGCUCAUAUUAUGAGCAAUGUACAAUUGCUUUUGUUUUGUAAACACAUUUUGAAAACUUAAAAUUUAAAUGUAAAGGAGACUGCAAGAACUAGUUCUCAUGCUAAAAACCUUUGCCUUCUCAAUGACAUGUUUACAAAACAAAACUAAUUGUGCGUGCCCCAUUAUAAUACAAUCACUGUAUAACCAAAAACAUUAUGUAAAUAUUAUGUUUUAGCAAUUAUUCGACUCUUUCUCUUAUCUUUUCACUUUCAAUUGAAAAACAAGAAAAAGAAAUUCUAACGUAAAACUAGAGAUAAAUAAAUUUAAAAAAAAAAACCGCAGAAAAAUGGGGAAUAGACCAUCAUAAUUUUGUGUUUAUUAUCCUUUGCAUUACUGUACAAUAGAGACUAGCGAUUUAGACACAGAUUAAUGAGAAAAAUUGCGGUGAAAGUUGACAGAUGAACAAAAAAAAACAAUUCAAAUAUUAUUAAAAGAAAAAUCAAUACACUUGAGGUUCUUGCCACAGAGUAAUACAACCUCAAAGUGGCAAACGGUGAGUUUCCUAGUCUUGUAUAAUUAAAAAAAAAAGAUAAACAAAGAAAUUUAAGAAAAAAAGAUGAAAAAAUCUUAAAACAUGAAAAUAUCACACAGAACUAAACUAAUAAUAGUAAUAAAAUAAAAACAAAAUUCACACAAUUUUAGCCGUAAAUGGAAGAGGUGAAAACUGAUGUAAUUUAAAGAUAUUUUUUUAAACAAAGAUUUUAAAUCAAUUCUUUAAAAUUUAAUUCUCCUAAAAAAUAUAUUUUGAAAAAUUCCCUCAUCACUUUGACGUGAUGCAGGAAUUCAAAAUUAAAAAAUUAGUGAAGCAGAAUUAUUUUUGAAAUGUACAAAAAGAAAACAAUUUUUGGAUUGUAGUAACUAUUAUUAUUAAUUUUAUAUAUUUAAUUAUUAUGAGAAAAAUUAUUACAAUUUUUAAAUAUGUGAAAACAUAAUUGCGAUUAUUUAUGAUUAACUAUUGAGAUGAGAGAGAGGGAGAGAGUUAAUUUUAUUUAGCAAAUAGUAAAAUAUGCCUUCAAAAUUUUGAAAAAUAAAAACAACAUUAAAAAAUUUAUGAAAAAAAAACACUGACAAUGUAACUGAAUUUUGUGAUAAGAGGAGAUGAAAAAAAGGAUGAUAGAAAUUUCUGAGAAAUGAUCUUCAGGUUAUUAAAAAUAAAAAAGUCUUGUUGAUGGUUGGAGGGUCGAUCUAGUAAAAUCGACCUAUACCUAGUGACGGAUUUAGUAUCUCUGAAAGUAUUUCAAAAAUAUCACACCAUUAAUUUCAAAAUGACCUGAAGACAUUUCUUCCAUGAUUUUGGAAUAUGUUUCGAGAUGAGAAUACCAAUUUUUUCGACACAAACUUGGCAUUAAUAAAACAACGGAAUAGUCCUCUCUUGUUCUUUAUUUGUUGUAUCAGUUUCGUUUUAGAAAAGUGUCUUUUCCUGGUUUUUCCAAUUUAUUUAGUAAGUAUUUUUUUAUAUUAUUUUUUUUUAUUAUUUAUCACCUUUAACACAAUAAUUAAAUGUUUCCACCUCCUAUCCCAAUUGAAAUGUCCUGACCAACGGCACCUCCAUCCAGAACCCAUCCUCAAAUUCUUAAAUUAAUGCACAUACAUUUUUAAACUUAAUCAGAUGUAGGAAUAAUCAGCGUAGAUUUUAUCCAAUUUUUCGCGUUAUUGAGGGUUUAAAACUGGGCAGAUGGAAAAGAAAACCUCAACGCAGGCCCCAGAGAAAUCAUGCCAAAAAUUAACCGUAGAAUCAGUUAUAAAGACGUUACAAUUUAGUCACUAAGAUAGUGCAAGAAAACCCACAGUGAAGUAAUUUUGACGAGGGAAUCUUAUUUGUAAUAUUUCGUAUUAAAAGUAAGUGUUGUGUAAGAAAAUUUAUUGUCGCGAUGCAGUUUACACCGAUAGACAACAAUUUAAGUCAGACUUUACAGAAAGUAUAAUUGAAGAAAAAAAAAACAUUUUGACGGUAAAUAGAUUCUCAAACAGGUAACAAGAGGUGUUACAAACACGUGAAAAAAUAAAACCACAAAAUGCAAUAGCCACAGCCAACAGAAAUAUUUGAAAUGAAGAAUAAAACUCCACCAGUUAACCGAGAUAAAAACCAUUAAAAGGCAGUAUUUAAAAAAAAUAGACAUUGUGUAAGUUAACCGAUUAUGAAUAUAUUGGAUGACAAAACCAUAAAAAAAGGAUUAAUUGUAUAAACAAAAACAAUAGCCAGGGUAAAACUCUCUAUAUGUUUUACACAGAAAACUUUAUUCAAAACUCCCCAGAUAACAACACUAAAGAUCACAGAAUUUCUCAAGAGAUAAUGUAAAGAAAAUAUAAUUGAAAAAUAGACAUAUUGCAACUCCAGAAAUAAUAGACUAAUCUCAAUUUAAAAAUUAAAAUGGAUUACAGUGAAACUGUUUCGCACAAUUUGCACUUAUAGUGGAAAAAAAGGAUAAUAAAAUGAUAAUUAUUGAGACGAUGCAAAUAAAAAAAAAAUAGAUAAAACAACUUCAACAGAAAACUUCCAAAACAGGUGAAAAAUAAAUCUAUAGAGGAAGAUUUAAAAAAAAAAACAAAUAUAUAUCAUCAUUCAGUCUUGCAGUAAACUUUUGGCUUUGCGUUCCAGACAGUCGGAAUGUUUGCAGAUGAAUAAAAAAAAUGAAGAUAUCAAGUAAAAUUUAAACAAGUAGAUGUAAAAUGAAAAACAAGAUUAAUCUCUUUAGUUACUGUGAAAAUUAAGAUAAAUUCUAAAUAUUGCAGAAAAUUAUACGAAAAAAAUCUGAUCACAAAAUUCCAAAACAAAAAAAAAAAAGAAAGACCAAGAAACAAUGCUCGAUGGGCAACUAAAAUCCAUCAUGUUUCUUCUUUGCGGUUACUAAGGUACCAUUCUUAAGUUCCAAUAGAGCAAAUCAAGGGGUGAACGAGUACUGCUAGAUAGUAAGUAAGAAAGGUAGAUUGAUAGGCAUUGAUCAGCUGAUUAAUUCAUUGAGUUGCUCUGAAUCGACUAAUCAACUGAUUAUAUCGGUCUGUGAUUCUUACACCCUGAUCAGUAGAACGAAUCAGCUACUGAUUUCAUAGAAUCUUUCUAUAAAUCGCAUCGGCUUAUUAGUUGAACGAAUAGUUCUCUCACAAAGAUCAUGUGAACUGCAGAUCACAUGGAGUUCUUAUGUAGUUCAGUUACUAUCAUCGGCUGAUCAGCUGAUCAGAUGAUGAGCUAAACUAUCUCAUACGCUAGUCUGUUAAUCGAGGCGUCUAUUAUCUAUCGUAGGCUAAUUAGCACAGCGUUUCAGCUCUUCAGCUGCCAGAGUUGUUGACCAGUUCAUUAGCUGAUACCUUCCGUCAGUAAUUCUUAAACUUUAAUCUGAUAUGAUCUGCAAUCUGAACUGAUUUCGUUGUUCAGUUACUAUGAUCAGGCGAUCAACUGAUCGCUUCAUUUGUGAACUCCAAUCAGCUGAUUAUCUGAUCAAGUUCAGUAUCUCUUACUAUAGACUAAUAAACAGUUCACAUCUGUUGUACAGCUGAUCAUUUUGUUACUUUCACAAGCUGAUCAUUUAACCACAACGGUUGGUUCCUCUAACUAAUCCUCUAGUUGAUCUGAAGAUCUCAUUGACCAAUCAAGUUGAUCGAAUUGUUCAGUAAUUCACAUGAUUAUGUCGACUAAUUAGCUGAUAUCUUCGUUAAGUUAUUCUCACUGGCUGAUCAUUGAGCCAUGAUGCUGAGUACCAAUCUCUGGUUAAUUAGAAGAGCGCGUCAGUUUGUGAACACCGGUCAGCUGAUUAUCUAACCAUACCACAAACAGAUCAAUAGAUCAUCUUUGUCAAUCAGCUGAUCUUUUCAUUAAGAAAAUCACGAUGUUUGGUACUUGCCACUGUUUGAUCAGAAAAUCACAUCGGCUAAUUAGAAAUUCGAAUCAAUUGAUCAACAUAUCUUCGUUUAGUAGCUCUAAUUGGCUGAUCGUAUCGAUUAAUCAGUCAUGUGGUCGCUUCGUUCAGUUAGUCCAGUUAACCAGCUGAUUUCGUAAUCAUCCCAUUUCGAUCUACUGAUCCCACCAUCAGUCGCAAACUCGUUUACUCCCCUUGACCAAGAAGAGGGUUUUCGUUCAAUUAAGAGAUUUUUCGGUCGCAAUAAUACUUCGGGAUUACAGCAAAACUUUCAGGGCAGUUUUUUCUUAAUUUCAUGAAUCUUAUAGACAAAAAAGCCACAACCAAUUGAGUCAACAAUAGCAACUGCGAGUUUAACCUCGCAAACCGGAUUAAGUUUGUAUCAAAUCACUCAACAGUGACAAAAAAAAAUAACUGAAAUAUGACUAAAGUAUGAAAACAUAUUACCACAAAAAUCAUUAUUUUACCACUUAUGCCAUCCUCAUUUGCAUAUAAAGUGAAACAUGAUCUCAACAACUUGCAAAUAACACAAGUCUAGAGAUAAAAUUCAAAAUUUGUUGAUAUAUAUUAACAGCAGAAUCUGUACAAUUAGACAAUGUACCAAAAUGCAAAUUAUGAGAUCUAUACCAAAGGCUACAAUAGAGGCUAUCGUGGAGGGUGGUGUACAAAACUUCCCUCUGCCAGCCAUAAAGUUUCAAAAAUACAUGAAAAUAAUUAACCAAAUAUUGUGUAACAUGAAUAGGCAGAUGCUUACACAGAUACGACAGUGGAAGAAACAGCAACUCGUUAAACAGUCGUAGAGACGUUGUAGAUACGUCACUAAGAAGUCGCAGAGAGAUAGAAAAAAUAACCAGUAUUUAUAAAUAUUUUCAGUUACAAUAGUGAAUGGAUCGUGUUUCUGGGGAAUAUUUUUGCUUAGCUGCAUUGAUGAUUUUGGGCGAAUCAUCGGGCUAAAUGGGGCAAAUUGGAACAUCCUUAGAACACGAUGAAUUUUUUCGUUCAACACACCCCAGAAUACAAAUCAUGCGGUUAAUUUUUAUCAAGAAAAAAAAAAUAUAUAUAUCACAUAGGGACAUAGCAGAAGCAGAAAGUGAAGUGAACCAGCAGAAUUAAAAAUUAACUUGUAAACAGAAACAGCAAUUAAUUUUCAAGUGAAAUGCUAAACAACCAAGUUUCCAAUCAAAUAGAAGAAACUCGUGUUCUUCAAUUCAAAGAAGAAUAUAUAACUAAAUGUGAUUGUGUAACUAUGAAAAAAAAAUGGUAAAAUAGUUAAUCAAUCAUAAUAAAAUUUUUUAAUUUGCAAUAGUGUGUGGACAGUCAAGUGUUCUUAGCCGAGUACUCGACCGUCCCCAAAAACCGGGAUAAUUUAUAGUACAACUCAAUAAGAAAGUAAAUGAAAAAAAAAACAAUUAAAAGCAGAAACCAAUUAACAAAACUAUUUAUAUUUUUAUACAAAGUCUUUAUAAUAAAUAAAAACAAAAACAGUGAAGAAUCCAACAGUCAAGUAUAAAACCAAUUGACUAAAGCUUAAUCGAUUUAUCAAAACACAAUUUCGCGGUGUUAUUGUCGCAAUUUGUAGAUAAUGGCACAAUGACAGACACCACAAUAUGGUUUUUUAAUUGUAAUAUUAAAAAAAAAAGCAAACAUAUUGGUUACACAAAACAUUUAAUCGUGUGAAAGCAGCAGCUAAAAAAACGGAAGAUGAAAAUUACGGAUGAAAAAUCUUAAUGAAAUGAUGAGAAAAUGGAAAAAAAUAUAAUAGACAUUUUUUACAACAAGUGUUUUUUGUAGAUAAAUUAAACAUCCUUAUUUGAUGCAGCAGACAAUUUCCAGUCGUGCGUAUAUUUUUUAAUAGGACCGUAAUACGUGAUAUAAGCCAAGAAAAAAACACACAAGCGUAAUAGAAAUUUAAAGAAAAGAAAAACGAAACUUUAAGACAAAAAAAACCUACAUAAAAUCAGAAAAGUAAAAAAUAGAGAAAAAUUAAAAUAAAAAAAAAAACAUUAAAUCAACAAAUUACCACAGACUGCAAUAAAUGUGAUCAGAUAUUAUAAAGUAUAAAUAUAGAUUAUAUACAUAUACUUGGAAUUAAAAAAUAUUAAUUAAUAAUGACUUUUACAUUUACCGCGAAUAUUCGCUGUCGGAUUGGAAAGAUUGAAAAAAAAAAACGUAAUCACAGAUGAUUGAGGAACAAUGUAGGAGCGAGCGUAAAGAUGUGACCGUUUUUAUUUAAAUUCAAAUGCAAUCAUCAGUAAACGAUCUGUAAAAAAAUCAAACACAGUGAAGUUAGGGGCAAAUGAGUAAACACAAUUUAAGAUUGGGAGGAGUUUACAGAUAUUGUAUAUUAUAUUUAUAUACAGCAGAUGACAAGAAGUGAAAAAGAAGAAAAAAAACCAAUUUAAGUGUGUCUUGUUUUGGGAUAUUUUUGGGGAUAUAUGAAUAUUUAUGAAAAAAAAGAAUGACAAAUAUUUAUAUAUGUAUACAAAACAUAACAAUAGUCAUGGAUCUUUGACAGUUUUCUGUCAAAUCCAAACCGGGUUUAUUUACAAUUCUCACCAGCCAAUUCAUUUGCAAUAGCAUGUAAGCAGGUAAAUGCCUAGGGGGAGCACUUUGGGAACAAUUCUAUUUUUGGCUUAACCCAUCUUCACAUCCCAAUAACUUAUUCGAAUUUAUGAGCCAAAAAUCUUGGACCCAGUGCUAUCCCGAAUCAUUGAACUACGAUACAACUGGAUGCAGGGUGAUAAGCAAAUUUAAUUUAAAUGAUCAUUUACAAACUUUAUUCUCAGUCUAUUGUUUUUUUUUAUCAAUCUUUAACACUGCCGUAUUUUUCCUGAAUCUCAAGAUUCAGCUUUGAAAAGAAAUAAUUCAAAUUCGGAUGGAAAACGGUUGAAGCACUUUGUGAUGCAUAUGCUUCACUAGGUCCCGGUUUGCAAUGACCUUCUGACACUAUGCAUUGCGCUUACAAGUACGAAACCAAUUACUGCAACUACAAUCUCCAUCCUCUCUUUCUUCCUAAUUUUUCCACCCCUUAAUUCAACAGUCACAACAAAUUCUUUACUUUCAUCAAUAGAAACGAUUUAUAACCAAAUAAAUCAAACGGAACUGCCAAAUCACCCUGCAAAACUUUUAUUUAUGUUCAGCAUUAAUACAACAAUAAUAAUUUGAGCAAUUAAAAGUACAACUUAUUGAAUAAUUUUCUAAAAAAAAGCAACAAAAGUAAUAUAAAUAUACAUUACGAUACAAAAAAAACCAUGCAGAAGCAAAAAAAGUCAGAUGAAUGAUGAAACCACAUUUAAGAAAAAAAAAUAGUAAAUAAUUGUGAAAAUUCAACCACCUUUCAAAAUACUAAUCAUAUAACUUUCCGAUUAAAUGGAUAAAGAAGAAAAAAAUUAGAAUAAUUACCAGUGUAAAAAAAAAGAUUUAGUAAAUAUAAGAAAGAUAACAUACAUGUUCUUAAUUUUUCAGAGCAGUAACUAAUAUUGUUGAAGACACCACUUGAUAAUUUAUAAAAUAAAACAAAGCAGAAUGAAACAGAAUGAAAUAAACUCAUCUUUAUUUUGACAAUAGUGCCAGAACAAGUUUUUUAUUGAAAAUACAGCAAACUAAAUAAAUGAAAUAGAAUGGAAAAAUACUAGUCUAAAUAAGUAAUUUUUAACAAUAAAAGAUUUAAAAACAUAAUAUUACCACAUAAGAAAAAUAGAAUAUAUAUUUUAAUUUGCAAUAGAACAAGGUAAUUUAGGGGAGAUAUUAAUGUCUGUGUUGCAAAAUGCAGAUGAAAGGAGAAGAAGUAAAAAAAAAAACAAAAAUAGAAUCAAAUAUUUGCUCAACUAACACAUCUUUUGUUAAUGUAACAUCCUUAUUUCUGUAAUAAUACAUCUCUUUCGUUUCUUUCGCGUUACCAUCACAUUUUAUCAAAAGAAAAUGCUACUCUUACAGUGCAAAAUGCGGAGAGUGUGCAGAAACAGUUUCACAAAGAAUAUCCUAUUUACUGGAUGACUUUUAUUUUGAGUCAAAAAAUUAGCAAAAAGAAAGGAAAAUAAUUACAUAUUUUCAGGUGUUAUAAAAGGUAGUAUAACAGUUCGUACAGCAAUAACUAAGCUCAAUAGAAAGCUUUAUUGUAUCAAAAGCCAAAGGUUUAAUAUAAGUUUUCUUGAAACUCAGCUAAAACUCUCAAAUAUUUCUCAAUAACAUGGAGUCUCAACGUGAAAUUGGUGAUCUUUAGUGUAAGAGAAACAAAAAGGAAUCAAAUCAUGAAAAUAGACCUAAAUGGGGUAACUGUCCUUCCGUGAAAAUUUAUCCACAGAAAAUGCAGAAAAUCUCUCCGCUGUGAUUUUCACGGAAGACCACCAAAGACUUUCGUCGAUCAAUUGAAAAUAACUCAAGGCAUUUUCAAUUGUAAAUUGCAGUAUAAUAACCGUCUCGAUAAAAAAGAAAUCAUUUAAAUGUAUUAUUAUAAGAAGAAAAAUAGCAAGUGUAGAAGAAUAUAUUUCAUCUCAUGAAUGAUAUUCAUAUAGUUGAAAACCAAAAAAAAAAAGAAAAAUCUGAUGAAGAAGGAUUUUAUUGAGAAGAAAGCAGCAAAAAGUGAAUUUGACGCCGGACGCGCCACUAAAAACCAUGCAAAAUUUAUACCAUCUCUGGAAACAAAAAUUCAAUGAGUAUUUUUGAAGCAGGCAAAAAAAAGGACACUUUUGAAAAUAAUAAAUAUUAUCAAGGAAAGAAAAAAAAACUCAUUACGAAUAUUAACAAUUCGCGCUUGAAGUAAGCAUUUUCCUUCUUUUAAUUUUUUUUCAUGUUUUAUGUGCUACAUUUUAGUCAUUCCUUAGUUUUCAUUAGAAUCACCACCAGAAAUAAACAAUUAUUUUAUUGGAAUGUCCCUCAGUCAAACUGAUGACAUUGCAAUGACAAUAAUUGUCCUUGGAAUGCUAAACAUAUAAGACAUUAUGUAUCCAAUUCGUUGGUAUGUGUGAUUUUCUUUUUGUUCAAAUAAAUAAAACUCUUGAAAUAAUAAAGAGUUGUAGACAUGAGGAGAUCAUGAAGGAAGCAAAAAAGAUAUUUCUCGAUUGUUCUAGAAGCACUUUGGAUAAACUUAAGGAAAGAAAUGAUGUAAACAAAGCACAGACUAACUAAAUACAACCACCAACUUGUAUUUCAGUCAGUCUUGCAGAGAUUUUCAGAAAAUAAAAAAAAAUUCUCAACAUAUUGGAAGAUAAUGCUUGACCAUAUUUCCAAAAGAAAAAAAAAUCGAAUGUAUUAUAAAACUAAUGGAAAAAAACGUAUUCAUAGUAUCUAUCAUUAAAUAUGUAAAACACGUAAUGGACACGUAAUACAUUACACAACACUACACAGAGACACAUGACAUCAAGACAUUUUGAUUUUUAGAUGAGGAUCCGUAUUAUUUUUCAAUACAUUGAUAAAAAAAUAAUAAGAUGGAAUUUUCUAGGAGAAAAUUCAGAAUAUAAGGGAAAAAUAAGGGAUUUGUCACUGGUAGUUGUUUUUGGUUGGGAUAUCCGCUGGGUGCAGCAUAUGCUCAGUAAGCACAAAGUGCUCUCUGAGGCAAAUUUAUUGCUUUCCAGCGUCUAUUCAACCAAAUCCAACUCUUUUUUAGCUCUUUAUAUGAUUAGAAAAAAAAAUGUGAAGAAUUAAGAGUCCAAAGUUGAUAAGUUUGUAGAUUGUAGAUUUUAAAACCCAAAAAAAAAGAAAAUUAAAAAGCAGAGAGAAAACGUGUUAGCAUUUAAUGAGACAACAUUAAAUAGAUGAUUUCGAUGGAGAACCACUAAGAUCAAGGAAUUUUUACUUAGAUUAAUUGCCAAAGACAUCCAUGGCACAGUAUAGCAAGAUACCAUUAACAUUGCAAAAAGAUGUCCAACAGCAGAUAAGAGGGAUGUGUAUCAAGAAGAAGGUUUUAACACCCACCCCCAGAGGAGUAAAUUAGAGGAGUAAAUAAAAAAAUCUAUGAUUUUAAUUUACCCAGUUUCAUGGAUGCACAAAAGAGAUUUAAAAAAAAGUCAAAUAUAGUGACAAUCUUUGAGGAAACAAAAAUACGAAAAAAAAAAUAAUAAAAUCCCAUCUGACCACAAACGAUGUUGGUGAGAACAUAUUAUUUUGCUUUUUGACAAUUGAUGGUAAGCACUUUGAUUACCAGGGAUUGCAAUCAUUUUAAGCAGAGACACAAUGUCAAUUUUGAAAGGAUAUUUAUUAUUGAUGACACUUAGAAUCUCCAAACUAAGUUUCAUACUGAGUAUUUUUGUUCUAACUUGAGUACAAUAUUUGAGUUGUCUUAACCACAAUCAAAGAGAUUAAUUUUGACCAGUUAACCCGAUUUUAAUCGGGAAAAUAUUGUGUUAAUAUCUCAUUUUACUUUCUUUUAACACAAUCAUUUAAAUUUAAACACAAUUUGCAGAACAUGUGAAUCAUGUAAAUAACGAUUUACCGGACAUUUUGGCUUUACCAUUGUAUAAAUCAAUGAACAUGAUAAUUGUAAUGACAUAACCUUGUAAAAGGAGUUAAUUUUGUUUUACUUCUCCACAACUAUUAAACAUCUUUUGGUUGUACAAAACUUUGUUGGUAUUUUGGAAACAUCUGACAAACAGUGUACAAUUUUCAUUUAAAUACAGCAUUAUCCACAUGGACUUAAGUUAUAUUUUGUCAUAAAAUACUAAGGUCUAAAUUUUUUUUGAUUGAUUGAAGAUCGUUGAAUGUAUUUGCAUUCAAGCUCAAACCAAUCAGAAAAUAUGAUAUAACCAAAGUAUUUUCUGAGACUAAAUACCUAAUUACAUGUGGUUAAUGACUAAAAAUAAUUUUUAAUUUAACUUAAUAUAAUGUUUGGGGUCAUUUAUAUUUUCCAUAUAAUACACACAUUAUCAGGCGGCUCUUUGAGGUGAAGAAGUUUAAAAAGAAAUAAAGAAUAAAUAGAUGAUUAAAUAUUUCUGGAAGUAACCACGGUAUAUUCCUUAUUAUUUCUAUAAGGGUGCUGACAAACAAGUUCAUUGUAUGAUUUUCUAUGUGAAUUUCACUCUGGACCGACAACAUAUCUACAGAUUUUUCCAAAAGAAAAAGAAAAAACAAACCAAAAAAAAUAGUACGGCAAAAUUCUAAAUCACACAGUAAAAGAUUGAAUGUACCGAUAUUUGGGCAAUAAUUCACCCAUUAAUACCAACAAUAGCAAAAAUUGUGACAAAAUUUGACAUUUCAAAAAAAAAAAAAAAAAUAGAAUCGGUACAGCAUCACUUAGGGAAAUGAUUUGGAAUCAAUUUUGUAAAAGACUUUUGAUCAUUUACAGAAAACAAUGGAUAUUAAUUUUUGGCAAAUACAAAAUAAUUCUGUUUUGAAAUAAAAACGUUCUCGGCAAUGUUUCGGAUUCCCGGUCUAAAGUAAAAUAUCAAGGAAAAAAAAUGUGACUAAAAAUGAUAACAAAAUGUUAAAAUAAAAAAAAUACAUUUGAAAAACAAACUAAAAAAAAUGGUGAAAAAGUGAAACAAAGAGGAAAAAUACUAAAAAAUUAAAUUAAAUAAAGGAAAAAAAGAAAUGAAAGAAAAAACGUAUAUAGAAAAUAUCACGAAAAAAGUACAAGCUUAUUUGAAGCACCUUCGCGCCUUAUCUUUAAAAUUAAAUUUAAAAUUAACAAAAAAAAAACAAGUAAUUAAUUAAAAGUAAUUAAAAAAUUUUGAGCAAAAGUAUGAAAUUGUGUGUAAUUUUUACCAAAAUCUGCCUUAAAUUAUAUUUUCUUAUAUACAAAAAAAUUAAAUAAAAAAAGUAAUAAGUCCUACUAGUGUGAUGAUUUGCUGUAUAGAAAAGUAAAAAAAAAGAAAAAUAACAUUAAAUCAACAACACAGAAAAAAAUGAAAGAAAACAUUUCUCACAAUUUUUACGUAUAUAGUUUUUCGGGUCAUUUGUAAAAGAUGAUGAAGUUAAAUAAGACAGCAUUUUCACAAAGAAGAAAAAAUAUAAAGAAAAAUUAAUCGAACUUCACAAAAAAAAUAUUCAUCACAUCAAAAUUCUUCAAAAUUCAUUGUCAAAAUUCAAAAUUCGUCAAAAAAAAAUCACAAAACACAAUUUUUCGUUGAAUUUCAAAAGAUUUUUUUGUAUAUGAUAACUUUAAGGUAUAUUUUCGUUUGAUGACACUGAAAAGGUUGCUUCCACUAAGCUCCAAAAAAAAUACAUUUGAGAGAAUACUCUCUCAAUGAGUUGAUAAAGUAGCAAUAUUUCGUGUCAACAUACUCAUUACCUAUUGCUUUUUAUGUAUGUAUCAUAUAACUUACUUAGUUUGUUAACUGACUACAGAAUGCUAAAAAAAUGUAAAACAGAUAAAAUUCAAAAUCACUGCAAAAGUAUUUAUAAAAUUUAAAUAAAAAGUGAACAUUCCACAAAGAAUUUACUCCCAUUCCAUAAGAAAAAAAAACCACAAGUACACAAAACCAGAAAACCAACAGAAAACAGCUUAGAAGCAAAGGCAAUUGAAAACUAGUAACAAUAAGUAAAUGAAGAAAAUAAAAUACAAAUAACAGUGAAUACAGAAAAUAAAUGGUAACACAAAUCAAUUCCACCAACAUUUUAUGCUUUAUAAAGUACAAUUAAUUUAUGUUAUGUGCAUUGACGCUGAAUUUUAAUUUACAGAAAAGAAAUACUGAAAAAAAAAUAAUUCUUGAGACAUUUAAACCUUUUUCUUUAACUCUAAACCUUCAUUGUCCUCCCUUGGUUAAGUCCAUUUGACCACCUUUUUCUCAUAAAUUCGUAAUAAUUUUACAAUUAUGUAAAACACACAGAACAAACACAUAAUGGAAUGUGUCAAAAUUGAUGAUAAGAUAAACAAUUGAGAAAACAAAUUGUAAUAAUUAUGAUUAUUGAAAAGAUGAUGAUAAAAAAAAAUUGAUGAUAGUGAAAAAUGGAAUACAUGAAAAACUCUUACAGAAAGAAACCAACUGGUAAAAAAAAUCCAAUUAUUAUUAAAGGAAAAAAAUCAUUAAAAAUAACGCAUCAACAUUACAUAAAGAAUUAGUACGUAUAUUUAAAGCAGAAGAAAAAAAAAUACAUUAAAAUUACAUUAAAAAAAUAAUUAAAAGAAAAAAACUUAAAUUAUAAAUUCUUUUGAAUGUGGGAUGUAGUAUAUGUAAAAUUGUUGGAAAACUGGGCAUCGACUUGGUUGCUUCUGCUCAAAAGGCUCAGUGCAAAAAUAUUAACAUUAUGCGCGUUGAAAGUUUUUUUUUACACUUCAAGCUCAGUUUUACCAGGUUUUAUGUUAAUUACACCGUGACUUUUCAUCUGAAAUAGUACAGCUGAGAUUUUUUAUAUAUAAUUUGCAGGACAACAUAUUAGAAUAUUCAUUGAAAAAAACUGUGGAUUGAUGGGUUUUCUGUGACAUUUUCUCGGAUUCUGCCACAAAUAGAUCAAAAUUCUGCAAUAGUGACACGAAAAGAGAUUUUUCGGAGGACCCAAAAGCACAUUCCUAAGUGGGGAUUUUUCCAAGGAAUUAAGGAAAUUUAUGAUUUUUUCUAUAAACUACAGAUUAGUGUAACUAAUUCUAUGUGCUCUGUAAAAAAAGAUAUCGGAAAACCUACAAUUUCUACAAUAAACCGAUAAUGAUUAACUAAUUACGCGUAAUAAACUGUGGCACGUAACGAACGACAAAAAAUUUUUCAAGAAAAGAGUUCCUGCUCAUAAAUUUAUUUUCCGUAUUGUCUUUUAGAAAUCUCUAUAAAACAGCUUUCAUACUUGUGAGACUUCUACGAAUAUUCCUAAUAAAGAAGUAGAACAUCUGUAGGUCAAAUAAUUCCUUUAAUAUUCCUGAAGGAGAAAAUUUUCUGAUAAAAGUCCUUAAUAAAGACUUAUAGUUCUUCUUAGAAUAUGAAUGACUUUUAAUCUUUUAUCAAAAGGUUAUUUUCUUUAAAUAUACUUCUAACAAAUUGAUUUUAAUUUGUGGAUUAAUAAAAAAACAUAAAUAAGAAUUUAUAGAAGCAUUAGAAGUAUUUCAAUAAUAUUUUAAUGGCAGCUCUUCCGGUGUUCGACAGAGAAUUCGUUCUUUUCAAAUCAAAAGACUUUGAAUUUUUGCCAAAACUUUCGACCCUUGGUGUGGGUGUUCUUCAAUGGGCUGAGAAUUCCAAGGGUCGAAAGCUUUGGCAAAAAUUCGAAUUCUUUUAAUUUGAAUAGAACGAAUGUUUCGGCGAACACCGGAAGAGCUGCAACUACGUAGAUCUACGCAAGUUACAUAAUCCAAAGUAUUUCAAUAUUCUUUCAAAAGUCUUAAAGUGAUAACUUUGUGUGUAAAUUCUUAUAAAAGCUCUUAAGCUGUAUGACCUUUGUUAAUUUUCAAAAAAAAAAAAUCAAAAAAAUUAAAAAAUACUUGCCAGUUUUUGCCAAUCGUUGCUUAAGCUUGAUAAGGCUAUAAGGCUUCUUCUUAUAAUUUUUUCAAUUAUAUCGGCAAUUACUGUUUUGGAAAAAAUAUCUUAGGAUUUUUUGUCUGUGUACACUAAUCUGUAAAUAUUUACUACACUGAGAAGGAAUAUUUCAAGCCUGAUAUCACAAAUUAGCUGGUUGUUUUUCUCAGUGAAAUCACACAACUUUGAGAGUUGAAAAUGUCUAUAUUCAUUCGUUACAUAGGAAAACGUUUUGAUGACUAAAGUUUGCGAAAUAGCUGAAUUUCCAUAGAAAAACUUCACGUGGAAUGUGUUUCCAAAAACUACAACAUCUUCCGCUAACACAUCAACCACAGAAAUCUCUCCUUUCUGCAGUUUUUAGUGAAUACAAAUUAAAUUGAGCUCUUAUUUUGAUCAUAUAGUAAAAACUAAUUUCAACACUGUUAAACCAACUAAAAAAAUGCAAAUACUUGCAGAACAACAAUAUCAAUAAUUUGCGAUCGAACACAAAUAGGUGGGUGCUCUCAAAACAGAAAUAGCCACAAAUUUCUCUGACACACCCAAAUCCGUUCUUGCAAUAGUCAAUGAAGGCAAUCAAAAAAACAAUAAAACUAAGAAUUACAAAACAAAAAAAAAAUGAAAAAGAAACGUUGAUAAAAAACGACACUGUGGAAAAUAUAUGAUAAAGAAAAAAUAAGAAACUUUGGUGAAAAAAAUGUUAAAUGAUGUUUAGACCACAACAACGUUACCGGUUACAAUGUUUUUGUCAACAAAAAACUUUUUGGCAAGAUGGCAAUCAAAAAUUACUACAUUCACUCGAGUCAAAAUUCAAAAUUCACAUGAAAUAACCAUGGACUUAAAAAUGUAAUGGGCCACAUCGUCCGAUCUAAAGUGCCUUCAAAAAUGUUGAUUUUUUACGAAAAAAAUGAAUAAUAAAACUAAAAAUAUUAAAAAAAAAAAUACAAUACAAAACGGGCCCUUAAUAGACUUCUCGCCCCACCAAAGUGUCCAACUAUUUGAGUACGAUCCACUGUUGUAGUCUUCAGUUUACCAAAUAAAAUCAACCAAAUCAACACUAAUGAGAAAUUAAUGAUAAAGAGUGUUUGAUUUAUAAACGAAAAACAAAAUUGCAGAGCCCAGAAUCAAUUCAAUUCGAUGCCUUUCUAAACUCUAAGAUAUAUUUAAAUGAAGAAAAAAGAUGAUGAAGAAAAAAAACUAAAUUAUAUUGUUACUAAUAAGUCUUAUAUAAAGAGCAAAAAGAAGAAAUCUUCAGUCAGCGUCUGAUGCAUGUCUCCACAGAAGAAGGGUUCAAAAGAAUGCAAUACUGACUCUCAAUGUGUGAAAAGAAAAGUAAGGGAAAUGAGUAUAGAGAAGGAAAAUUUGACAAAAAAAAAAGAUUUUCAUUUUGAAAGAGAAAAAAAUAAAAGAUCAUUUUCGCAGACAUGCACCCGGUGCGUCGAAAUCAAUAUUUCACGAUAAAUAUAAUGAUUAGUCAGUAGGAAUUCAUAAAUAUAUUCAUAAUUAUUAAUAAUAAUAAACUCUAUAAUAUCAGCUAAUUAUUAUAUUUAAACCAUUAUUAAAAUACAAGUGAAAGAAAAAAAAAACUAAUAAUUGAAAGUAAACUAUUGCAAUUAUAAAUGGUUUUAUGUUGAUAAAACAAGAGGAAAAAAAAGUAUUUGAGGAAUGACUAUUGAAAAAAAUUUUUUGAGUCAAUUUUCUUAACUUUUUGUUUUUUUGUCUUUGACUUUCAAAUUCAACAGAACAGAAAAAGAUGAGAAAAGUGUCAUAAUGUAUCUUUAUUGCAGCAGAAUUUAAAAAAAAAGAUAAGCCAAGUAAAAUGUGGGACAGAACAUAAUGACAACACUGUGAAACAUCAUACAUGAAACACUAGUGAAACACGAAAUACUCACCACACAAAACACAUUAGGGGCCGCUCACAUGAGCGGAUUCUCCUCAAAACAAAAAAAUGCUGAUUUCUUUUUCUUGCAUUACCAAACUGUGAAAGGUUUUAAAUUAGACUGAAAUGAAUUCAUUGUAAAAUUUUGUUGAUCAUUUUUGCCACUGAAUCAUGAAUAAUUCUAGGAAAUAAUGACAGUUUUUUGACAGCUGCUCAAUUGAAUCUUCCGUUGUGAUUUCGUCACUUCUUCAAUAUAUUUUUUGUGCAAUUUUUUUUAGCUCAAUUAUAUUGAUUUUUAAAUAUUUAUAACCACAACAUGCAAUAGUUUGGGGGAUAUGUUGCACUUUCAUAGAGGCAUAAAUCCAAAAAUUAAUACGCUUCGCACAAAUGUUUCUUGCGCUUCAAAUACGUUUUGAAAAUUAGACAUGUCCAAGAAACAAAAAUGAAAGUUAUUGCGUGCUGAUAUUGAAACAUGUAUCUUAAAUUAUGUUAAUACGAAAAGCAGAGUUACUUUUGUUAUGUUAAUCUCAUUUGCAUUUGAAAUGUGCACUUCAGUAAAAUUGCAAAAGAGUUGAACUAGUUUUCACUCAAGCGUAGUGAAAUGCCAAAAAAAUUUUUUUUGAAAAGAAAUUUAUCCUGUGUUGCUCAAAUUCCUGGUUUCAGUUCUUUUUUUCUUUAAUUAUGAGUGACCUAUUAUAAAAUUCUCCCGAUUCGUAUAAAAAAAAAAUUAAAAAUGCAUUUUUAAAAUUAUUUUUAGAGCGUAGAGAAAGUAAACUGAAUAUCUUUCAUUCUUGACAAAAAAUAAAAAAACAGACAUGUUAAAAAAAAACAGAAACAAUUGUGCGAUGCCCAUUAUGUAAUACACAUAUACCCCCAUUUUUGGAUCAAAAACCAUUUCUGGCGAAAAACGGGUUUCAGUUUUCAAAACUAUUCCUGAAAACGAAAAAAAAACAUCGCCACAAUUUAAUCAAUAUAGGUCUGUAAAUAGAUUUUUAUAAGCAUCUGUCUUUUAAUUUAACUCAACAACUAGAAUUAAUUGAAAUAAUGACACGCUAGAUAAUGGGCGUCUAGAAGCAUUUGACAUGUGCAAUAUGUUUUUUUCGUUCUUCUAACCAUAUUAUCACAACUUCUGGGCAAUUUGAAUUUCAUGGAAAAAAAAAGUUCUAGUCAACCGUGUUGUAAAUUUUGAAAUCACAUUCUUAGUUCAAUAGCAAUAGAACCAAAUAUUGUGCGGUCUUCCUGAUUCGACGAAGGGCCAACCAACAUAAUAAAUAGAAAAAAAAUCCAUAUAGAACGAAAGGAAACAAAACCAUAAUAAUAGGAAAGUAAUUGUGCAAUAAUGUAACUACAACUAACAAUCAAUAAGGAAAAAUAUUUUGAACCAAUUAAAACAUUUCACUGAAAUGGCUACGGCUAAGUAACUUUCACCAGGUGAUGUUAUCAAAUAAUAAAAUAGAACCAGACAAUGACCAGAGAUUGAUAUGGAGACUAUUUUAUUUUUUAUCUAUUACAUUUAACACUUUUUCUAAAUUCAUUUGGCUCAACUUGUCCCAAAAAAAAGUGAUUCUUUCUUCUUAAAAUUAAUUUUAAAAACUCAGAAAAAGCACAGUUCCAUCGAGAAUUUAAUUUGUUUUGCACAAGAUUUUCGAAAAAUAAACUUCUGAAAUGGGUAUAGUAGGAUGAUAAAAACUGAUAAAAAAAGUGACACUUUAGAAAAUAAAGAAAAAAAGUUUAAGAAAAAGACAAAUUUAGGAAUAUUUUAGGAAAGAGUGAGUGUUGCAAGUGAAUUUUUUGAAAAUUAAUACAAGUGAAUGAUGACAAAAUUGUGUAUUUGCGCCACUACUAAAUAAGUAACGUUAGUAAGGAACUAUCCAUUGAGUAAAGGUUUUAAACAAAAAAUGGCAUGGAGUAUAAGUGUUUUAUAAUUUCAAGAGAAGAAUAAAAAAGGAAACCUAAAAAUAUAGUGUAAAUUAAAUAUUUUUCACAAAUAUUCCAGGACAAAAUGAAAAAAGUAAUACUGGCGUAUUAAAAAAAGAGUUAUGUAAAAAAAAUUAAUGUGUAAUGACAAAUUGAACGAAAAUUCAAUACAGCAGCGGUGUCUAUCGGGGAAAGUGCAAAAGAGAAAUUCGCAAGUUUGAGCAAUCUACUAGCGAUGUCGGAACUUUUCGAUUUAAUUGCACACACUUCUCUGUAAUAAUGAAAAAUUAUCCAAUGAGACGAAGUACAUAACUAUGUGAAAGGAGUAUUUUUGUAUCGAUAUUUUCUAAACGUUGGUGUAUUUAAAAAAAAAAAGAAAAAAGGAUGGAAUGAAAAAUAUAAUCAAGAGAAAAAGAAACUAAUAUUAAAGCAAAAUUUAAAUGAAAAAAAAUGGACGAAAAAAGUCAUUAUAUAGAAAAAUUUUAGAUAAAUGAAAAUAUUAUAUAGAAAAGUAAUUGUUUUCUAUUUUAUCAUUUUAGGCUUAGGAACGUCGAAUAAAGAAAAAAAUGACGAGAAAAAAAUAAAGUAAAUUUAGGGACUUUGAUGAUGAAAAAAAAAAUUGUAAAUAUUGAUGAAUAUUUAGAGAAGACGAGGCAAGUUAAAAAGUACACUCAAAAAAUAAAAAAAAAAGAAAAUAGAACAUCAUUGGAAGUGUGUGCAAAAGUCAAAUUGCUUCUUUGCCUAUUUUCCGAUAGCUACUGAUUGUUGUGCGAUGGACAAAAAAAUUAUAGUAAUGAGAAAAAAUUAAGAAUAAUUUUUGUAAAAAGGACUAAAGACAACAAAAAAAAUUUAUAAAUUAGUACUAACCCCUUUAUUAUUGUAUUAUGUAAAAUUACCAAAAAAAAUAAUCGUAAAAGAACUAUUAUUAUUGAAUAGAUAUAGAAGUAUAUAAAAGAAAGGAUUAAAAUGUUUCUAUAUAUUUAAUAAUGAUGAAAGACAAUUUCGAAAAAAAAACAACAAAAAAAUAAACUAUGUAGUAAUGACAUGAAAGAAAAGGAACACUGAUUAAAACGAAAUAAUCUAAUGAUGGUAUCUAAUUCUAUAAAUAGGAAGACGUGAUUAAUUCUCCUUAAUUCUCCAUCAGGUUUUGAAAAAAAAAAGAAUUUGCUGGGAUUAACAAACUGGGUGAAUACAGAAUUGAACUCUUUGAGGACCAACACUGAAAAGUCAUUGAGACCGACCUGAAACAACCAGGAAAGAUUCAAAGAGUUAAAGAAAAAAAUACGAAGAAAAAGUCGAAGCUAGCCAUUGUGAAACGUACAAAACUUAUAAAAUAAUUGAAGCGAAAAAGAAAAAUUAAUAAACAAAAAAAAGAAAAUAUUAUUACAAUUAAUUGCAUUGUGUAUAAAAAAAAGCAAGUAUUAUUGGCGUCAGUUUUGGCCAUUGGGCGAAUAAGAGAUCAUUUGUAAAGGCCAAUCGAAGUAAUUAAUUAACUUAUCAAGUAAAGAAAAAAAAUGUGAAAAAGAAAUAUUUGUGUAAAAAAAAUUGACAAAAAGUAAUACUAUUGAUAAGAGAAUUGAAAAAAAAACACAAAAAUCAUGAUAAGACAAAGAAAAAGAAUUCGAAUAUGGUUGACGCACAUUUAAACCGUUUUUUUAAAGUAAUAAAAUGAUAUAAAAGAAAAAGAAACAAAGUGAAAUGAUGAGAAAAUAAUAUAAAUUGAAAUAAAGAAAAUUACCAAUCACAUUAUUUAAACUUAACAUCAUAAUCAUUAAAGCAAGUAUCAAUAUAAUAUUUACGCCGAAUUAUUUAUCUGUAAAACUUAAAAAAGCGUGUCAUUGUCCAUUACAUGUUAUUAUCAUUAGAAGUUUUUCAAAACUGUUUGGUGUAUUUAAUUAAUUAUAAUUGAUUGAAAGAGCAUAUUUUGAAUGAAAAAAAAAUAUGUGAAAGAAUGACGUACACUAACAAUUUUUGUAUUAUAAAUAAACUAGGAUCUUAUUUUAAUUUUUUUUCUUUUUAGUACAUUUGUGAACCUCCUGAGUUACUAGUUUUAUUUUAAUUUCAUUUCUAUAACAAGUAGCUUUAUUUUGUUCUUCUUAAAAACAAAAAUAAUUUGAUUUUCCAGAAGAAAUAAAACCUUGAAAUAAAAUAAGCAUUUGAAGACAAACAAAAAAUACAACAUGAGAAAACACACAAUUAUUCAUGAUGAAGCAUCUUUAUUUUUUCGCAAAAUAAUUCAUUCUAAAUUACCGUGAUCUAUGUUCCAAUUCUCUAACAAUUCAGAAUCGUUGACAUUUUAUUGCAAAAUUUAAGGAAAACAAAACCAAAAAAAAAACAAACGAAAAGCGUUUCACAAACUUUGAACUUUGGGUUAUAAAUGAUAAAAAAAAUGUAAAACAAAAUAAAUGGUGAAAAGAAAAAAAUGUGACAAAAAUUGCAAGUUUUGGACGAAACUAUUUACGUGAACAAAAAAAAGGCAAAUUUAUUUGAGAUGACGAGGAAAGGAAAAAUAACUAAAAAAAAUAAUGAUGAAAAUUAUAAGAAAUUGUAUAAAAAAAAUCAUUGAUUCGGAAUACAAAGAGUUGUUUUAUUUAUUUAAUUAUGUAUUUAUGAUAUAUAUAAAAAAUUAUAUUGUUUAAUUUCUCUUGAAUAAUAAAGUUUUUAAAAUCAUA